AAGGAUUCUUCUUUGGAGGAUGACCGGAAUUCCUCUCCAUCACUACUAACUAAUAUAAUCAACACAGCUGAUGAACAAGGUUAUGAUCAUUCAUUUCCAUCCAUCAGUUCUUUGCCAAUAAUAUCUCCAUUGUCGAACAUUCCAUCAGUCACACCGUCAUUCAUACUCAAUCAAAUAAGUGGCUCACCUCAACAAUCUCCUCAAAACGUUGCUCCAUCACAGCAGUCUCCACAAACUAUAGCCUCAUCACCACAUCCAACACGUGCUCUUAGGAGACCAAACAUUGUUCGUAGACCUCGUCGUGUUGUCAACAAGAGAAUAGCAUUACAUUUUCAAUGGACAAAGAGACAUUUCCAACAUCGUGCAGAACUAGAGCCAGAUGUUUUUGUAAGUCCACUACCAGAUGAAAAAUUCCCACUAGAAUAUUUUAGCGACUUUUUGUCUGACGACAUUUUAGAAGAUACUUGUCAAUUUACAAAUAUGCAUGCCGUUCAGACAACCGGCCGAUCUUUAAACUUAACUGUUGACGAGAUGCACGAAUUUUUUGCAAUAAAUUUGAUGAUGGGUGUGAUGACUAUGACUUCGUAUCUUGAUUAUUGGAAUACCGAAACACGCUAUCCAUUGAUUGCAGAUAUAAUGCCACUGAAACGGUAUCAGCAAAUACAGAGACAUUUACACUUCGUAGACAAUAAUCAAGUUAACUCUGACCCCUAUUUCAAAAUACGACCUUUUUCUGAAAAAAAUCGACAAAACUGCCUAAAAGUCGAAGAAGAUAGUCGAUACAGCAUUGACAAAAUGAUAAUUCCCUUCAAGCAAGUAGUGGUACCCAUCAAUUUUUUCGCAGCUUAUUAAUAUAUGCGUAAAUAACGCGUGGUUGACAUACAGGCGUGAUAACAAAAGAAGAGGAGAAAAAAGUAUAAGGGCCUGAAGAAAUUUCGGCUGGAAAUUUUUAAGUCUUUAUUAAAGAAAGGAAAAUCAAUGAAAAAUAUCAAUGUGGAAGAUUUGCCCACAGCUGAAAUAAUACAAAAGCCAAAACGCUCUAGAUCUAUCAGAUGAUGUGCGUUAUGACAAAAUUGACCAUUUCCCUCCACAUGGUACAGAGUUGUUGAGAUUGGAUGACAUUCAAUCCUGGUAAAGAUAUUACCAUAUAGAAUGUUGCUGAGUUUGCAAAACAUGGAUAUUACUCCGCCUUUAACAUGCAAAACAUUGCGUCGGGUUUCAAAAGUACAAGAAUUUA